AUGGACGAUCUGAUCUCGUUAGGCGAGACGCUUCAGCAGGCGUCGUCAGCGCUCGUCGGCGAUGACCUUCCGGACCCCGACGAUUCGCGGUCCAGCAGCGCCUCCUCCUCGCCCGUCAUUCAGCUCGUCGUGCUCGGUGCUCCGCCAACGGCUGAGGGUGGAGCCACACGCUUCCCUGUUCUGGUGGACCUACAACGGGACCCCAACCUGGGAGUAGGCAGCAUCCGAGCGAGUCUCGGACCGCGAGCCAACAUGCGGAAACCCUCGGAGGUGCGGCAGGCGCUGGUAGCGGAUAUGGCACAGGCCAAGUCCAAGUCAAGGAAUCGCCAAGAGGCGCACCUCAUCCUACGCUCGCCAAUUGCUGGACUCUCUCAGGACUGCCUCUGCUCCCUUUUCACUCUGCAUCUGCAGUUGGCCUUCCACACCACGUCGUAUCAUCCGUCAUGCUUCCUUCUCAAACCCCUUCAUGUUUCCUUCCCCCGUCCCUCCAUGCGCAUGGGCGUUUCUCCCACUUUGCCUCCACUCCAGCUGCAAGACAACGUGUCCAACCAGGAGGCCAUCAUCCUCGUGGUCAUCUCUGCCACGCGCGUCAAGGACUCGCUCAAGCUGCUGCGCUUAGCGCAUGACAUCGACCGCGAUGGCGCGCGCAGCAUAGGCGUGAUAACGCAGUUUGAGCGGGUGGUAUCAGACAAAGCUGCGGCCAAGCUCGCUCUAGAGUUAUUACAAGGGCAGGGCGCGGCCAUGGCACAGGACUACCCGUGGGUGCCGGUGCUGGGGCAGCCACUGGGGGACGCGAACACAGAUGCUCCCAUGGACGAGGCGUGGCAGGGCGAGCAGAAGGCCCUGGCGAGUGUGAUGCGGGCGCUGGGCGUGAAGGGCAUGGAGGGGUCCAUGGGGCGCGAUGCGCUGCUGCGCAUGAUUGCCCGGACCAUGCGAAGCAAGAUGAAGGAGAAGAUUCCGCGGAUCAUGGCCGGCCUGGAGUCGUGCUCAGUGGAUGUGGAAUCAGAGCUGCUGCGCCUGGGCGACUCCCUCAUAUCCGACACUGCAGGGCUCUCAAGCUGGUCUCAGUUAUUGUUAUUCACUCACUCCUUUAUGCCCCUCUCCCACACCACCAUCUCCCCUCCGCACAGCCUGGAGUCGCGGUCAGUGGACGUGGAAUCAGAGCUGCUGCGCCUGGGAGAGUCCCUCAUCUCCGACCUGCAGGGUUCCAGGGCUGUGGCUCUGGAGCUGUGUCGCGGGUUCGAGACGCGCUUCAUUGAGCACCUCGACGGCUGUGAGGGCGGAGGCUCUCAGAUGGUUGAGAAGUUUGUCGGCACGCUGCCCCUGAGAUUCCGAGGCCUGCCAUUGGACGAGAUGUUCAACUUUGACAACGUCAAAAAGGUGGUAGCAGAAGCGGAUGGGUACCAGCCAUACGUCAUCUCCCCAGAAAAGGGUCUGCGUCUGCUCAUCAAGCGCAGCCUCAACCUGGCCAAGCAGCCAGGCCUAGACUGUGUGGAUGAGGUGAGAAACGGAUCGCAGGGCAGAUUGUGUGAACGAUGUGACCCGGGGGAGAUGAGGUGCCUGCCCAGGUCUUCCUCUGCCAUCAAGCGCAGCCUCAAUCUCGCCAAGCAGCCAGGCCUAGACUGUGUGGAUGAGGUGCACAAGAUCCUAUUGGACAUUGUUGUUGCAGCAGCGUCCACUGCUCCCUCCCUUGUCCGCUUUCCUCCCAUGAAGAAAGAGCUAGUGGCCAUAGCAUCAGCAGCGUUGGACGAGUACAGGGCAGAGGCGAAGGUGAUGGAGAUGGUGUUCAUCCCUGCCCUCCAUACUCCCUUCUUCCCCUGCUUUUACCUAUCUAUUGCAGCUGGUUGCAAUCGCGUCAGCAGCGUUGGACGACUAGUAGCCAUUGCGUCAGCAGCUCUGGACGAGUACAGGGCAGAGGCGAAGGUGAUGGUGAUGGCACUGGUGGACAUGGAGAGGCUAGUGGCGAUUGCGUCUGCAGCGCUGGACGAGUACAGGGCAGAGGCGAAGGUGAUGGUGACGGCGCUGGUGGACAUGGAGAGGGUCUUUAUCCCUGCGACGCACUUCAUUGAGGCAGAGUACAAGCGACAGGAGACGCUGUUCAAAGAAAUGACCAACGCGCGCAAGUCCGCAUCUAGAGCGGUGAGAAAGGGGGGAUGGGAGAGCUAUGAGGAAAGCAGGGUGCAUGGGAAAUAG